UCCGUUGCUUCAGAGAACCGUCUCUGCCUACUUCUCUCUCCAACUACAUCAAGAGGGAGAGAGUGAAGGACGUGACCGUAAAUAUGGCGACGCCGGAAGUUCCUCUCCGUUACGUCGGAGUAGAUCGGAGCUCUGCCGCCUUCCGCCUCAUGAAGCAAAUGGGAUGGGAAGAAGGUGAAGGGCUUGGAAAGGAAAAGCAAGGCAUCAAAGGAUAUGUAAGGGUGAAGAACAAGCAGGAUACUUUAGGUAUUGGAAAAGAGAUACCAAAUGCAUGGGCUUUUGAUACCACUCAGUUUGACAGUAUCCUCAAGAAACUGAAAGUGCAAGCAGUUGUAAAAACCAAGGAUGAAGAUGAUGAGACAGAUGCUGAACAACCCAGCCCUUCUAAGGACAAAAAAGAGGCAGUUGCCAAGGCUACUCGACCCCAAGGAAGGUAUAAAAAACGAGAGAAGGGAAAGACCGUACGUGCAUAUUCUUCUCAGGAUCUUGAAGGGAUUCUUGUGAAUAAGACUAAGGCUUCAGAGACCUGCAAUGCUCCAGAAGUAUCCGAGGAUGAGAAGCCAAUUGAAACCAGUGUUCCAGAUGAAGCAGGAAGAACUCAGGAUGUUCCAUCAGAUUGGUGGGGCUACAAACUUGGGUUUGUCGUUGGAGGUAUGCUUGGUGCCGAAUCUCGCAGAAAGAAGUCCCUCGAGAGGACCAUGUUCAAUGAGGACGAUCAAGAAAAUCUUUACAACUUAGCUCAGGGCUCAAAGACCUCUGGAAAACAAGGGCUUGGUAUCAAGGAUCGUAAAAAGAAAAUCGCAGGCUGCUACUUUGAAGGGAAAAAGACUACUUUCGGUGAUAGCGACGGGGAGGGUUCCACUGAUUCCCAUAGUGGAGUGAAAAGGCAACACGAAAAUUUGGAGGUGGACACAGAUCCUGCACCAAGGUCAAAACUCAAGAAGCUGUGUAGGCAGCUUCUCGAACAGGCACCUGGAGAAUCAAUGAAGCUGAAGCAGCUCAAAGUACUUGUUGAUGAACAUUCACCUUCUACAUUUUCCAACUUAUCAAAAGAAGAGGCUCUUGCCUUUUUAUUGCAGAAGCUUGAAAACAGUGAUAAGUUUUUGGUGAAGAGGAACAAAGUCUUGCUCGUGAAAAUAACUUGACAAAAUCUGAGAGAGUAUGUGAUAGAAAUAUAGGUCUCAGCUAUCAGAUAGCAGCAUUUAUCGUUGAAGGUCAGGGGACGCAUAAUCUCGCAGGUUUAAUUAACCGUGCGGCCAUGAGUCCAGAGUUGAUAGAAGAAGAUACUCAUCGUGCAAAGAAAGUUUGGAGAGUUACUCCUAUUUAUUUGAACAUGAGCUUACAUGUCUGAUGACUAAUCUACUGUUAUUAUUUUGUAAAACAAUUUUGUGGGAGGAAUGCUCAGUUUAUAUUCAAUAGAAUGACGUUGAUAUUUUA